UCUUGAGAGACGGUGAGGUAGGACUGGCCAUCUGUUUUCUUCUCUUUACAAUAUUCCCCAUAAGUUUUCCUCUUCUCUGCUGUUCAUUUACUCUACCCCCUGUUCAUUUGUCCUUCUCUAGUCUUCCAAUUGAGAGGCUCUUUAGCCUCUGCUUCCUGUUUCAUUUUCUCUUGCCAGUACUGGCACCUGCCUCGGACUUCUGGGCUUUCACAUAUCAAGUUAGCCUUGCUCCUCCAUCAUGGCAAGCCUAAAGCGGGCCAGCAAACUAAUGGAGGAUGUGACCUGCCCCAUCUGCAUAGAAAUUCUACAGGAUCCUGUCACCACUGACUGUGGGCACAACUUCUGCCUGCAAUGCAUCAAUCAGGUUGGGAAAACUACAGAAAACCUCCAAUGUCCGCUCUGCAAACUCCCUGUGAAUAAGAAUAUGUUGAGGCCCAAUAAGCUGUUGGCUAGUAUUGCAGAGAAAAUCCAGGCUAUGGAUCCUGCUGAGUUCCAAACAGAAGAAGUGCCAAGAUGUCCGGAGCACAAGGAAAAGUUCCAUUAUUUCUGUGAGAAGUAUAACAAGUUCCUCUGCAGGGAGUGUCGUGUCUCCAGGGACCACAAAACCCACGAAGUUACCUUGAUACAUGAGGCUGCCCAGAACUACAAGGGCAUCAAAAACACCUUGAGCAGGGAUAAAGAAUUUGAGUUUCACAACCCAACCCCAGUUCCUAUGAACAGGGAGAAAAAAAUCAAUGAAGUAAAAGCAAGACAUGAGCCCAACAUAGAAAGCCUGAUGGAAUUAACAGACAACCUGACCACUGAAGGGAAGGAAGAUAAAAGGCGCCUGUUACAGAAGAAUAAGUCAGAGUUGCUCAGCUCAGUACCUAUGACCCUGGACUCCACUUCAGCUGACCUAAACCUCACCUUUUCUCAGGAUCUAAAGAAAGCAAGCUUGUAUGUCAUCGAUGGCACACUGAAUACGCAAGCAAAACCUCGACAAUUCUAUUCUUUCCACUGUGUGAGGGGCUCCCCAGGCCUCUCCUCAGGCCGUGUGUUGUGGGAGGUGGAAAUCCAGGGACCCCCAGAUAGGGUUGGCAUAGUGGGUGUGGUCGCCGAGUUGCCUCGGGGGUCCCAGAUUCAGAACUCUGAGCCAUGCUGCUUGUGGGCAUUGCGGAUCUCGUCCUCUGGAUGUCAGCCAAUCACCAACUCCAGUAUCCAGAAGAAUCUCUCAAUCUGUCUUAGGAAAGUGGGCAUCUAUGUGGAUUAUGACCGUGGAGAUGUCAUCUUCUAUGAUGCCAUCACUAGCAAACACAUCUACACCUUCCAAACUUCCUUUGACAGACAGGUCUUCCCCCUUUUUGGGCUCCUAAAUCAUCACAGCUCUAUCACCCUGAGACUCUAAGGCUGCUGCCCAGUGGGUCCCUCAGUCUCUUCCUCACUCAUUCCUCAUGACUGAAUGAGAUGCAAGUGGCAGGAAUGAAGCUUGGCCCUGCUCGGGCUUACUACACACCCCACACACUGUACACACCCUACACACUCCACACCUUACAUACACUACACACCCCACACACCCUA